AUGCUCCGCCAGCUUUGCUGCGCGCUGCUCCUGUUGCUGUGCACCGGUGGCGGCCUCGUCAUUGCGGUGCCGCACCAUUGCGUGUUUGAUCGCCUGCCACGGAACGUUGGCGAAGUGACGGGCGGGGAGGAGCCGGCCAGUCCUGUCACUGUGUCCGUGGGCAGUGACUGGGCGCCCCUCCGAAUCAAGGUGUUUGCGGAUGACCUGGAGGGGUUGGGGGGAUUCUGCACCAGGGCCGGGGAGCAUAUAAACAUGUUUUUUGGCAAGGAGAUGGUCUGCCAGGAGGAGGACAUUCUGACGGAGGAGAAGGUGGACAUUCUCGAGAACGUGAUUCUUUCCGAGGCGGCGAAGAUGCACAGCGAGCGUCUGCUGGUGCGGCCGCUGGAUGGCCCGCUGGUCGUGCCGAGGUUCCGUGAGGGCAGUGUUUGCGGGAAGUUUCCAGUGCCGGAGGAGCACCACACGGAUGGGGUGCCCGAUGCGGACAUGGUGCUGUACGCGACUGCUGUUCCGACGUUCAAGCCGACCUUUGCGUGGGCGAUGCCGUGCGCGACGUUGGGCCCGCGAGGGCGUCCUGUUGUUGGCGUCAUCAACUACAACCCGCGCCACAUCGAGAACACGUCGCAGCACAUCCGCGUGGCUGUGCACGAGAUGGCGCACGCCCUCGGCUUCAUUGUGGCGGACAUGGAGGAGCAGGCGCUGGUGAAGCGGGAGGUGGGUGUGCGUGGGAGGAGCAGUGUCCACGUUGUGAAUUCCCGCAAUACGCUGGAGCAGGCAAGGCACCACUACGGCUGCGAGUCAGCGCCGGGCAUGGAGCUGGAGUUUGCGCCGCCAAUGCGGAAUCCGGCGGCGCCAGGAGGGAAAGCAACACCACCACCACCACCAGCACCAGGAGCACCAGCAAAAGUAUCACCGAAGCCAUCAUCAUCAGAAACAGCACCUUCAGCAGGAACACCACCAACACAAUCUGCGCAAUCAGCACCGGCGGCGCCAUCACCGGGUUCAGCGGCACUACAGGGACCGGGGCAACCACCACAAGCAUCAAAACCACAACCACAACCACAAGCGGCGAGCUUGCCUUCAGGGGGCACGAAUAACUUACAAGGAAAUGGUUUGCGUUCGGAAGGACGGUCUUCAACGGAAGCAACAGCCGCUUCAGGAAGAAGAAAUGUAAUUCGGCAUGUCACAGAUGCGGAACGAAGGGCAGAAGGAGAGAGGCCCAAACGUCCCCAUCCCGGAUCCAGAUCAGGGCUUACCGAUGGUCCACCAAUGUACCUACCAGGAGGAGGAAGAGGAUAUGGCCUGCCAGGCGGAGGAGCUGCUGGGCCAAGGGGUAGGCCAGGCGCAGGAGGAGCUGGUAGGCAACCAGCGAGGCCAGGCGCAGGAGCAGGAAGCGCGCAAACUCUCAAGCUGCGUGCGGCCCAACAUAUUUCCGCAUCAACGCAGGCAGCGGCGGACGGAACCCUCUCAACGGGCACCACGCUCACGGUGGUGGAGAAGCAGUGGAGGCCGCCUUCGUGGCUUGGCCUGAUGUCUCACUGGGGGCGGCGGAACGCGAAGGAUGAGCUGAUGGCGAGCUUCGUUGUUUCCGGCUACUACACCGCGAUCACGAUGGCGCUGUUCACCGACCUCGGCUACUACAAGGCAAACUUCGAGAUGGCGGAGCCGAUGAGCUGGGGCAGCGGAGCCGGCUGCGCGCUGCUGACCGACAAGUGCGUGACGGACGGUGCCACGCUGUACCCUGAUAUGUUCUGCACCGACUCGAGCGACGCCACUCUGCGGUGCACGUCUGACCGCCAGUCGCUGGGGACCUGCGCAAUUUACCAGGACGAUAACAUCCCACCGGAGUUCCAGUACUUCGCCACCAAGCAGGGCUCCAGGCGAGGGGCCAUGAUGGAGUACUGCCCCUUCAUCGCGCCAAUGAAUGGCACUGGGUGCAUGGAUGGCGACGAGGCCAUCAUGCCUGGGAGCGUUGUUGGCCCGUCCUCGCGCUGCUUGACUGGGGAGAACCUCCGGAUGGGCAGUACGGUUGUUGGUGACGUGUGCGUGCAGUUGAGGUGUGGUGAGGGCACGCUAAGUGUGCGGUACAGGGGCAGCGAGGAGUGGCAUCCCUGUGCACCGGGUCAGACGCUGACGCCCCCGGCGCCAUUCACGGCGGGCAGCAUAAGAUGCCCCUUGUUCAGCGAUGUCUGCCUCACCAUGUUGAAGCACAGUGAUGCGAGCAGCACCGACGUGGAAAGCCACCCGAAACACCUUGCGAUGAUCAGAAAUAACGAUGGCAGCGCUCUGGCGGUCACUUCUGCGCCGCUUCUUCUCCUCCUCAUUGUGAUCGGCACGGUGAUUGUCGCACCCUGA